AUGGUGGGUGCUUGUGUCAAAGGGCAUCGCUUGGUCCUGAUAUCCGAACCAAUCUCUGGUUCACAGCACCAGGUGGAAAAGGCUACCGACUCUUGGUUGAAGUGGCAGCUCAUAGUAAUGGGCGGUGUCGUUGUAUUGGUGGCGAUCAUUGUUGAUUGGCUAAAUUAUAGGUCAGAAGUCUCCAGUCCAGAGACAGAGAGAGGUGGAGAAGAAGGCAACCUUAGCGCGAAUUUAACCAAAGAGUUAAAAAAUUUCACUAUACUCAAGGAGUUCUCCUGGGAAGAGUUGAUGAUCAUGACCAGUGAUUUAGCACCUGCCAGAUUUCGGGGAGAAGGAAGUUUCGGGAUUGUGUACGAAGGGAACAUGGAAGUCACUGGCGCACGGGUCGCUGUAAAGAUACUAAAAUCUGGUUCAGACCGAGGGAUAAAGGAAUAUAUAGCAGAGGUGAAGUCAUUAAGCCAACUUAGGCACAGAAACUUGGUGGCACUUAUAGGCUGUUGUCACAAGAAAGAUAAGUUCGCCCUGGUUUACGAAUUUAUGAGUCAAGGUAGCUUGGGGGAUCAUCUGUUUAAAGAUAGACCCUUGUUGCCGUGGGAGAAGAGGUACAACAUCGCUCUAGGAGUAGGCUCAGCAGUGCACUACCUGCAGAAAGGAGGCAAUCAAUGUGUGAUCCACAGGGAUAUCAAAUCCAACAACAUCAUGCUUAAUGAAAAUUUCGAGGCCAAAUUGGGAGAUUUCGGCACGGCUAGGCCAGUUGACCACACCAGAGGGCCAGAAGCAACCGAAGAGGUAGGAACAAUUGGUUAUAUGGCUCCAGAGUACUGUCCAGACGGGUGA